AUUGGGUCACAGGAAUUAAGGCGGGCUUCUCUUUUGAAUGGCAAGCCAGUAGAGAAAAGUGAGGAACCCACGUACCCAACAUCUCCCCAAGUGCCUAACCAACCGUCCCCUAACCGCUACGCUUCAUCCUUCACUUUAAUUUCAAACCCUCCCUUUCAGCCCAGACUCUCUCUGCUUCCUUCUCUUCCUUUUCUCUCUUUCCUCUGCCCCAGAAAUCAAACGACAGAGAAAUUUGAUCUUUUCUCUGCAAAAAGAUGAAAUGGGGAAGAAAGAAAUCCAACCCAUCAGCCUCUUCUUCGUCAUCUUCCUCCUCAUCCUCUCGCCUUUCAUCUCUGUCACAGGUCUUCCCCAUAUCUUGGCUUUCAAAGUUCAAGCAAAUGAGUGGCCAAGCAGAACCUCAACCUGAUAAAACCAAGCUCAAAAACAAACCCAAUUCAUCGCCUGUGAGUUCCUCGCUGUCUGUUAAUUCUAGGCCUACUCAAUUCCACAACAGGACUUCCUCCUUGUCACCACUGGAGAUCCAUGAAGGGAGGAUGAGCAGGAGGUCAAGAAUGCUAAGCGAGAUGGAAGGUGACGAUGCUUUCUGGAGACUUUCGUUCAGAAAAGAGAGCUCCUUUGAAGUCUCUAGUAGGCCUGGUUGUAAAUCAACAACUACUCCAAUGGCGAAAGAAGAACCCCAGAAGUUCACCGACAAGGACUCGAAUGGUCGAAAGAUGAGAGAGUCGCCUGCAGAAAUGAAGAUCGUGCCGGAAAGACAGGAUUGUCGAGUUGAGACCAAAGUCGAAAAACCAGAGAAGAUUGUCUCCAAAGAUAAGCCAGUUAGAGAUGGAAGAUUGAGAAAAGCAAGCCCAAGAAUUUUGGCCGAAGAGCAGCCUCCAGUUCUUUCCAUAGAAUCACUGGAAGAUAAGCAGAGGUGUUUGAGUAUACAGAGCACGUUGGAUUUGGAACCAGUAAGAACAAUUCGAACAACCGAAGAUGAGUUUCAGAGUUUUCCGGUUAAGGGAUCCAGGAAGUCUCACUACAUUUCUUCCUCAAAUGCAAGGAACACUGAUCCAAGCACAGAAGAAGAGAAUUCUGCACAUUCAUCUGUUAAUUCAGAAAGAAUAGAUCAGAGUCUCGCCGAAGACUCGGAUUUGGAGUGGAAAACAGCCAAAGAGUUAAAAAUUAAGGAGUUAUUAUCCAAAAGCGAGAAGCAGAGAAGAUCUCUUUACAUAAGCAGAGAAUCACAGAGAAGAAGAACGAGACAGAGGUGCAAAGUCAGAGUUUGUUCUCCUAGAACACCUUCAAAGGUUGAAACUUGCAGAAUAAGAGCUCUUGAAGAAAUGAAGGCCAAGAAGAGAGCAAAGGCAAUUGCCAAGGAAAGAAAAGUGGAGGGAAGAACAGGUUUAGAGAGCUUUGCAGUUGCGAAAUGUUCCUUGGAUCCUCAGAAGGACUUCAGAGAGUCAAUGGUGGAGAUGAUCGUGCAGAACCAUAUGCGGCAGCCGGAAGAGCUUGAGAACCUCUUGGCCUGCUACCUGUCUCUGAAUUCUGAUGAAUACCAUGAUCUCAUUGUCAAGGUGUUCCGGCAGGUCUGGUUCGAUAUGAGCCAGUUCUGUUCCAGCCCUGAAUUACAGAGAGAUCACUGUUAACAUGAUUAAUUAAGGCCUAAUCAAUGACAAGGGAAAGCUCUAUAAUGCCUCUGUAAAUAUUAUUAUAUUCUUAAGUUAUUGCUUUUCAGUAUCUUUUAGCUUCUAAUGAGUCAUUUGAUUUGAUUACUAGUUCCAAAUAUUUGAAUCAAUCAGGUUUGGUUUCAUCAGAAGAUCUAGAUUGAUUCCAAUAUGGGCCGUGUAUGAUCCUGAUUGAUGAAAUAUAUGGGCCAUGUAAGAUCCUGAUUGAUGAAUAUAUGGGCCAUAUAAGAUCCUGAUUGAUUAACAUAUGGGUCAUUUGAGAAUUGAGAUCCAGAUUGAUACAUUUAAGCCCCUGUAGGAUGUAGGCUGUAGGCUGUAGGCUGUAGAGCCUUUGAAUUUGUAAUCAGUUCACCUAACU